AUGCCAACUGCCGUAAAACCCAAAAGAAGAAGAAGAAGAAGGCGGAAGGGGCGGGCAAAAGAUAAGAGGAGGGAGGGAAAUGGUGCUAUCAUCAUGGCGGGAUGCAUGAAAAUGAUAAACAAUUACACCUCUAUAAGUGCUACAUUAAUGGUUUUCACGGUGCUGCUUAUAUGUUUACCUCACACCUCAGGAUACCAGGAUACGGGUAACAAACAUCCAGUAACUGAUCUCAAGGAUGGAGAGGAGUACGUCAUGUCAGGGUCCAACAGGUUCUGUUACAAAAACUCUGUGGUGCCAACUUGGAGGCAAACAUGGACAAGAAUUCAGGUCAAAGUGUGGAGUUCAAACGUGUUUAAGGUGGAAACUGUGGAGGGGGAGGAGGAGUUGCAGGAGCUGGAACGAUUCAGUGUCUGGAGCUGGUUUCAGAGCUUGUUACGUGAGCGGCACAAUGAGACCACUAUUAACAUCAAUCUGUUCAGCAAGAAGACGUGCUUCAAGAUCGAUCCUGCUGACAAGACAAAGUUCACUGUCCACCCCCUUCGUAAGUUUGAUAUCUAUCUGUUUUUGGUAUUCCUCGCCGGAGCAUUGUUGUUCGUCUUUGCAGGAUCACUCAGCAGGAGUCAAGCUUUCUUCUACUCUGCUGGUAUGAGCACAGGCAUGAUUGCCUCUCUCAUCAUCCUCUUUUUUAUUUUGGCACGCUUAUUGCCAAAGAAAAGCCCUUUUUAUGUCUUGAUUGUUGGUGGCUGGUCGUUUUCUGUGUACGCCAUCCAAUUUGUCUGCAGGAACCUUGGCGUAAUUCUGCGAGAACACUGGAACGUCGCAUUAGGUUAUGUAGCAGUGGUGGGAUUCAUCACUUUUGCUGUGUGUUACCGUUACGGUCCUCUGGUGGAUGAGAAGAGCAUUAACAUCUUGUCGUGGACGCUGCAGCUAUUUGGUCUGCUCCUGAUUUAUUUCGGGAUUCAAAUCCAGCAAGUUGCCUUCUCCAUCAUCGUGGCAGCUGUGUUCUCCAAACAUCUGGAGUACCCAGUCUCUCUGACAGUUGCUGCAUGGAGGAAAAUCAGAAGGUACAUUCACUGGAAGCCGGAGCCACGUCGCCUGUUGACUGAGGAGGAGUUUCAGAAGCAGGGAGAGGAAGAGACUUUGCGUGCUCUGGAGGAGCUGAGGAAGCACUGCAACAGCCCAGAGUUCAGGCCAUGGAAGACGGUGUCCAGGCUUCAGUCCCCGAAAAGGUUUGCUGAUUUCAUUGAAGGGUCUCCUCACUUGAUGUCAAAUGAGGUGUCUGUCCACGCGCAGGAAUACGGCUUCGGGGGAUCUUUUUUUGAGGAUGAUUUUUUUGACACAGACGACGAGGAAGACGACAUUAAGCCUAUGAUGAGACCCGAGUGAGACGCCGCUGUGUUAAGACGUUUGAAAAUAGAGACGAUUAUAUUAUUGCCUUUCAGAAAAGUGGCCGGAGAACGGCUCUCCGUGGCUUGUGUGCAAACGUCCCGACUGACUUCUGAGUGAUUACUGGAUUGGGAUUUCAGUCACAAGAGGCACCACACACAAAAAAAAAAAAAUCACUGACAGUCAACAGGCAGAACAAUGCGGCAAAGUAAUGUAGUUUCCACGAAUGUGCACUAAAGCCAGAACUUUUUUUUUUCUUCUUUUUUUAAAGGGAACAAAGGCUUCUGUUAAAAUUGAGGUUACAAAUACGGUGAUACUCUGUGAUUGGGACCUUUUUUUUUUUUUGGGAGGUCAAAGCAAUUGAACUUUUUACUGUGUGAUGGUAGUUUGUGUUGUCUUAAGCUUAGAAAAAAGGUUUUUACAUUUUAGUUUUCAAAACCUAGUGUUCGCGCUGUUAGCCUCUAAAUGGGCUCACUCCAGCAAACUGUAACGAGGCCAUCCAGAUGGCAUGUAUCCUACACCACGUGUUAACGUUCUCACUUCUCUGAACCGCAGCAUGAUGAGGCAGUCAUUAUUAUUCUAUCUUUCUGCUGAGGGAGGAAACGUUUGGUCAAGUUUGUAUGUCAAUGUGUUUUCAUUUUAAUGGACAUGCAUCAGAGGAAGUGUCCCCAAAGUAUUUUGAAUAAAAAAACAUUUGAGCUCUGAUCAUUGUAAAAUAUUCUUAGGACUAAAAGGUGGCAAGAUGUUAUGACUUUGGUUAAUGAUGUAAUGCAUUUGAAACUAAAAAGCUGAGGUUUUAUUUUUCAUAGUGGGUGCAUAUACAAUUUCUUCAGUGGUGGAAAGUAACUUUAAGUUCUUUACUUGAGUAUUUCCAUUUUAUGCUUCAUUUUCUACUUCUACUCUACUUUAGAGGGAAAUAUUGUACUUUUUACUCCAUUACAUUUGACAGCUGUAGUUACUUUGCAGAUUAAGGUUUUACGUACAAAAUAUACGAUCAAUUUAUAAAAUGAUGCAUUUUUUUUAAACUACCCAACAGUGCUUAAAGUAGCUUUUCUUCAAUCAGCUACAACAUAAAAUUCUACACAGUGAUAAAUCUGCUCUAUAUUGAUCCAAAAAGUCCCACUGACGAGGACCAUUCCGCUACAUAAUGACUGCUUUUACUUUUGAUAAUUUAAGUACAUUUCCUGCUAGUACUUCUGUAAUUUUACCUUGAGGUACUCUGCUAUAUUUAAUUUAGUAAAAGAUCUGAAUAUUACUUUUCCACUAUAACAUUUUUUAAUGGAUUUUCCAUAUGGAUUUUGGAGUUUUACUGUGUUACUCUUUGCAUCUAUGGCUGCAACUCAAACUGAAUUUUCUAUUAAUCAUUCAGUCUAUAAACUGUCAAAGUGUUAAACAAAAUGCCCACCAGAAGCUGUCUUCAAAUAGUUUUUGUCCAAACAAUGUCAAAAAAACAGGACAUUGGAUAUUUAAUGUACAAUGGUAUAAAACAGAUCAUCCUUGCAUUUUAGAAGCUGGGGCUCAUUUGUUUAAUUGACUUCAUCAAUGGUCAAUAUUGUCUUGGAUCAAUGUCCUAUCAUCUGAUCAACUAGUCUAGAUAGUAGAUACACUUACAGACAGCUUAUUAAUUUAAUGACCAGUGGGAGGAAGAUAGAAAUGCAUCUUUGGAAUUUCCAUUUUACAAACAGAAGGCUGUCCUGUAUUAAACACUGCACUUGCAGAUGCUGCAUUUGAUUAGAAGUGACACACCAAACAGUUUGAAUCUGUGGGUUUGAAAAAUGAAUCAUUCAAAUCCAGCCAUAUGAAUGACAUCUGUUGUUUGCCUUUCACUUAUCUAGAUUCCCAAAUGAAACUGCAUUUAACUUUUAACACUAUUUUCUAAGAAGUUCAUCUGUAGCCAAGUAGAAAUUUCUGACCUUUCUUAUAUCUGCACUUUACCUCUGAAAUCUCCUUUGGCAUAUGUUUCCAUGUAACUGUUUCAAAAAUGUUAAAAUCAAGCAAAGUGAUUACUGGCAUACACUUGAACUACAUGUACAAUAAACAGCAGAUCUGCAGUAGAUCACCAUAAUUAGCUCUUUAA